AUGACUGGAGGCGGCAAGUCCGGCGGCAAGGCCAGCGGUUCCAAGAACGCUCAAUCCCGAUCCAGCAAGGCUGGUCUCGCCUUCCCCGUUGGUCGUGUCCACCGUCUGCUCCGCAAGGGCAACUACGCUCAGCGUGUCGGUGCCGGUGCUCCCGUCUACCUCGCCGCUGUUCUCGAGUACCUCGCCGCCGAGAUUCUCGAGUUGGCUGGUAACGCUGCCCGUGACAACAAGAAGACCCGUAUCAUCCCCAGACAUCUUCAGCUGGCCAUCAGAAACGAUGAGGAGUUGAACAAGCUGCUCGGACACGUCACCAUCGCACAAGGUGGUGUCCUGCCCAACAUUCACCAGAACCUUCUGCCCAAGAAGACCGGCAAGCCUGGCAAGAACGCUGGUUCUCAGGAGUUGUAG